UGGCCUCCUGACUUGAUUUCGUCCUCUUUACAGCUGUGUCUUCUAGCUCUAUGUUGCCACCGAAAAACUCCCUUUGUUCAUCGAAUCUAGCACUCCAGACCCUCCGAGCUACGGCCACACCGAAUAACUGACCAUGGCGGACCAAGCAUAUGUGACUCUGGCCACAAAUGACAACUAUGCCAAAGGAGCGAUGGUUCUGGGGAGGUCGCUACGCAACCAUAACACAACCAAACAACUGGUGGUUCUGAUUGGACCUCACGUAGCAGAGCCCUGCAGGGCCAUGCUGAGUAGCAUCUAUGACGAGGUGUGUGUGGUGGAUAUCUUGGACUCUGGUGACACGGCCCACCUGGCCCUGAUGAAGAGACCAGACCUCGGAGUGACCUUCACCAAGCUGCACUGCUGGACACUCACACACUACACCAAGUGUGUGUUUAUGGACGCAGACACACUGGUGUUGUCCAACAUCGAUGAGCUGUUUGAGAGGGAGGAGUUAUCUGCUGCGCCUGAUCCGGGUUGGCCAGAUUGUUUCAACUCGGGCGUGUUCGUCUUUAAACCGUCCAAUGAAACAUACCGCAGCCUUAUGACACACUGCACUGAGAAUGGCAGCUUUGAUGGUGGGGACCAAGGAGUUCUGAACAGUUUCUUCAAUACCUGGUCAACAGCAGACAUUUCCAAACACCUGCCUUUCAUCUACAACCUCAGCAGCAUUGCUAUAUACACCUAUCUACCAGCCUUCAAACAGUACGGUCAUGAGGCUAAGGUGGUCCACUUCCUGGGGAAGGUGAAGCCAUGGAACUACUCCUAUGACACCCAGACUGGGAAGGUCAAAGGUCACACCCUCACACCUGGCUCAGGUGACCUGCACCCUGACUACCUGGUUCAGUGGUGGAACCUCUACUCCUCUGGGGUCCUACCUGCUCUCAGAGACUCAUAUGGAGACACACUGUUCUGCUCCGGCUGCACUGAGGAGGAGGUCUGUGACAGUGUGGUUGAGAUCAUCCUCCCCCCGCCUCCCCCUCAGGCGCCCCAGGUGUCCAGUGAGGAGAGGAGGCAGCGAUGGGAGGCGGGCCAGGCAGACUACAUGGGAGCCGACUCCUUCGAAAGCAUCCAGAGGAAACUAGACUGCUUCCUCAAGUAGAGGGUCAGAGGGAUGACGGACGGAGAGGGCAUCCAUUGGCAGGCCUGAGAUGCGUCAGUCAGGGCAGGGAUCAACUGGCAUUCGACCAAUCAGAAGAGAAAGCGGUAGAGCAUGACGUAUUGAAAAACAGUCACAUCCUGGGCCUCUCUCUCUCUUUCUGUUUUUCUCUCUGUGUGUGUGUUUGUGCGUCUGUGUGGCCUGGUCCUGCAGAAAUAACCCCUGCAGAGACUGGUCCAUUCAGUGUUUGAACACCAGUUUACUACACUAUGCAGCCCCCAUACCACCACCACAGCGCAAAAGCCUUGGUCAGUAAGUAAUGACUCAGUAAUAACCUCACUGUGACCCUGCUCACCAAGUCCCAUCCAGACCCCAUGACUCUAACAGCUCUAACCCAGUUACUCAGUCAAGCCUGAUAAUGAUAAUGACGGGCAGUUGUGCUUUUACUCUUUAAAGUAUUCAGAGAUGGGUCGGUGUGAAGUAUUUCCCUCUAUAAAAUGGAAGAACUGUUAUUUUGUUUUAUUAAAGUUUGCAUCCCAGUGGUUAUUUCUGCUCUCCAUAUGUGUGUUGUGCAUGGUUAUUUCUUUAUAUUAGGAUUAUUGUGACUGAAGCCUGUUUCUAAAGUGGAAAACCCACUGUAGCGCUUGUCAUUUCGCCAUGUCCUGUUUGAUGUCGUCAUUUCCUGUUGGGUUUCCUCACGUCCUGUGUAGUCUGACCAGUUGCCUUACCACUGUCAAAGACUCCUAUUACACAACUAGGCCUAUUCUAGUUGUCGCCGUUCACUGUUUACAGAAAACACUUCUCUGCUGCUGCCAAACCCCCCCCCCCCCUUCACAUCUACUCCAUUCAGACCUACGUCUACGCUCCACUCAACCCUCCAACAGACUUACCUCUACGCUCCUCCAGCUCCACUCUACUCCAUUCAACCCUCCUACAAACGUACCUCUAUGCUCCACUCUACUCCAUUCAACCCUCCUACAGACUUACCUCCACGCUUCACUCUACUCCAUUCAACCCUCCUACAGACUUACCUCUACACUCCACUCUACUCCACCCUUCUCUACUCUUCUGGCAUAAGGCCAGAAGGGAGUCCUAACACACACAGCCUAAAAUGAUAUAGUAAGUAAUGGGACGUUGUAGUUUUGUGGUCCCUCUUAAUACACCCACAAACUGCUGUAUAGAGAAGUUUCCAAAUGCUGUGAAACCUUGUGUUCUGAACACACCCCGGUAGUUCUCACUGUUUCUGUUUUCUGUAGAUACCUAAUAAAGGACUGUUGAAGUCUC